ACCUGAUUUUGCGAUUUUAAAAAGUAGGGUUUCUUUGUAAGCAGAUUGUGCGCGUCUGUCCACCGCAUCGGUCAGUUCAAUAGGGCUUAAUUCCGUCGUUGGAGACCGCUGCGUGUACCUGUACUAUAGUUUGAAAAUCGAACGUUUGAGUUCGAAUUUUAAAUAUUAGUGACAAAUUACCAAUAGACAUUUUUUCGGAAGAUUUUUCGUCAAAAAAGACUCGACGACUUUUUUUUUUAGUGGAAUAUGUUUUUUGGUGUGGUGUUUCCUCACGCAAUGGACAUUUUUGGAAAAGUUCUAAAAGAAAUUAGUGCAAAAGUUUCAAUGUGGUUGUGAACUAAGAAAGGAAGUAAUUACGUUAAUUGAAGGUGAAGAUGAAGAUCCCUCGUUCAGACACGGUGCAGGGGUCGGCGGCGCGGCGCAAGUCUCUCACGGUGAUGCUGUACCACGACCGCUACACGGCCGGCGAGACCACGGGCGGCCUCAGCGUGCUGUUCACCAUGCUGUGCAUCGUGGACCUCUUCGGCGUCUUCCCUGUCGUUGCGUUACCGAAGAGCGUUAUCUCUUGUGGUAUCUAUGGAGUGCCGCUCGUGAUAUCAGUGUUCGCGCUGCAGCUGUACACAGCGGUGCUGCUGGGCCGCAGCUGGCUCCUGGCUCACGAGAUAUCGCCCAAUAUAAGAGAAAAGAGUAGGUUUCCGUACGCCGCAGUAGCAGAACUAGCAUUUGGCAUACCAGCGCGCCGGUUGGUGACAUUUCUCAUAGACGCCACAGUUUUCGGCGCGGGAGUUCCUAAUUUUAUCUUUGCCUCCCAAAGCAUGCAGAUGUUUUGGUGGAAGAUCACGGGAGGGGAAGUGGGGGUGACGUACUGCGUGUGGAUGAUACUCAUCGGGUUAUUGCUGUGCCCUAUUAUGUGGCUCGGAUCACCCAAGGAUAUGAAGCCCAUAGCCCUAACAUCAGUAUGCAUAGUGACCACAGUGGCCAUAGCCACCUGGACCUGCAUAUGUCUGGAUGACUCAUCCCCUCCUAGCUCUGGGGAUGUCCUCAAGUACGUUCCCAAUCCGAGGGACUUUCUUGUAGCUUACGGAAUUAUCGCUUUUCAGUUCGACAUCCACCCAAUGCUGCUCACGCUGCAAGUGGACAUGAAAGAUAGUCGCCGGAUCAACUCGGCUGUGCUUGGCGCGUUUGGCAUCACGGGCUUCAUGUUCAUGGUGACGUCACUGCUAGCCGCCAAUAGAUACGGGAACAACAUUGAGAGCAACAUUUUACAAGGCAUGCCGCCAUCAAUCGCACUAUACAUCGUGGCGUUGUUGGUAACACUGCAACUGUGUCUCUCCAGUGCUGUUGGCAACUCUGCGCUUUUUCAGCAUAUUGAGGACUUACUUAAAAUUCCUAGAGAUUUCUGCUUACAACGUUGCCUCAUCCGUUCAGGCAUCGUCGCACUCGCGGUAUUCCUAGGAGAGUCCGUGCCGAGAUUCGACCUCGUCAUGGGUCUAGUCGGCUCGACCCUAACCGGACCCUUAAUGUUCAUAUUCCCCCCUCUUUUCUUCCUAAAGCUCUGCCACAAAAGAUCUUCUAUGACGGAACUAGAUACAUUAAUAGCACGCAGAAAGAAAAGCUUGACACGUAUCAAAAACGAUCUGAAUAUCAAAAAUGGCGGCCUGUCAAAACUGCCGCUCAUUUUGCCACAAACACAGACUAAGUACAAAACUUUUGUCACCCAACACGAAUACAUAAACCACAUAGCCCCUAAUGUAGAUGUUGCGGAUUAUACGGUUAAAUGGUACGAUGUGCUUUUGGCUGUGAUAGUUAUGAUAUUGGGCAUUGUGGCUACACUUGUCGCGACGUAUAUAAGUUGGUCGGACGCCAUUACGUCGGCAGAAUUCGCGCCGCCGUGUUUGAUAAAUGCGACGGCCGCAGCGAGGAGUUUUAUAGAAGCUACCACUCAAAAGUAAUUGUAGUACAUAGGAAAUAAGGAUAUAAAGGAUAGUAAAAGUUCAUUUACACAUUCGCACGAGGUGAGGGUGCGAGACCAGACGCGAAACGUGAAAAAUAAUGUUACCGCAAUAUAACAUUCUUUCGAAUCGAAGUGGAUUUAUCUGGAACAAUAUCCUGAUGCCUUAAAUCAAAGGGAUCUUCCCACGGGAUUUUUAAAAACAGGAACGAAGUCGCGGGCAUCAGCUAGUAUAAUAUAAGGCUGCGAAUGCAUAUGCAUACUUAGGUUUAAAAUAAUUGAUGUUAAAAAAUAAAAAAAUGAUAUUUCUUAACUACAUGCCUAAGUACUUACUUAUAUUAUAUUUUAUAGAACAAUACCAGCGCAACACUAUUAAUUAGUUUCUGCUAAAAAUAAAAAUAAUUUAAAAAACGUACCUACCUAGUUACUUAUCAAGUUAAAAAAAAAAAGAUAUUAUGUUUUAUGAAGUGAUUUUUAUCGUAUAUUACGUAGGUUUAAGUUGUUGUUAUUUUAUACCUUUACUAUGAAAUUUCGAUAGUAUUUAAUUAAGUUAGUUAUUUAAGUUUGAAAAUAGUAUAA